AUGGCAGCGGAUGGGACGCGCGGCGAGUCGCUGCACCAGUCCGUCGGGCUCCUGAGCGUCGCCGCCGGCUCUCUCUUACUCGCGGUCCACUUCUACAGCUCCACGAGGCUGACCCCUCUGCUCUCCAGCACGGCUCUGGGGGUUCUCCUGGUCCUUUUAUCACUUCUCGUGGGCUAUGCAGGGGUGCGGAAGAGCCUCCAAAAUGCCUCCCUGUUUGUGUCCCUCUGCCUGACCAUCUCGGCGCUCUGGUGCGGCUACGGAGUGAUCCAGAUUUUGGCCGGGCAAGAGGUCCUCCACGACGCUGCUGACUUGCGCAACGCAGCCGUGCCGGGACUGGUGGCCUUCUGUCUGGGGCUGCUCCUCAUUGGCCUGGUGGGCUUUAUCCAGAGAGACGUCCCCUUGGGCGUGGUGGCUUCCGCCAUCUCUCUCGCCUGUGCCCACGAAAUUGCUGCAUUCUACGAUGCCGCCUUUGGCUCUGCUGCCGUGGCUUGCAACUACCUGGUUGUCUGUCUUGUAGGCAGCUAUGUCGGGAUGGGCAGGUGCCUCUGCUUCCUCAGUAAAGAGACCGUCUAUCUGCCGGGCACUGACUUGGCAAAAAGAAAAGCCAAGAACAGCCAGAAUCUGGCCAGUGGUGCAGGCACAAAUGAUUUUACUCCGGUUGGCUUGAUCCUGAACAUGCUGGUGGCCAGCGUCUUUGGCUGCCGGAUCCUGGGGGUGACCAGGGAUCUCUUUGUAGGGCAGGUCCCCUGGCUCUGGGUGGGAGGGCUCUACCAACUCGGGGUCUCCAUCUCCUCCUAUCGCACUCUCGAUGCCCUGACUGCCACGUUCUUUGGCUUCACCGCCCUCCUGAAGUUUGGAGGAGGCUAUUCCCUCUUGAUCUUGCUCUGGUUGCCCAAGGAGCCUGUUUUCCCCAUUCCCUUCUGGGUGGCCUUUGCUGUCCUCCUUGCUGUUUUGGCACUUUUCAUCGCUAUCGGCAGCCUGGCUGAUGGCCUCUAUGUGCUCUUCUACAUGGCCUGGUGUAUUUCCCUAGCCUCCUACCCACAUGGCUUUUUUGCAGAUGGACCUCAGGGUGUGGCCGUGGCCGUUUUUGUGGCCUCGGCCCUCCUGACCUUCAUUCACCUUUACAACGGGAACGCCAGUGUCCAAAUCCCACGGGGGAAGCAAGCACUCCGGGCCUUGCUCUUGCGCCUCCGUGGUUGCAAGCUCUGGGAGGGGAAAGACCUCCAUGCCCCCUACCUGGGCUACUCAAAGUACGCCGAUGCCGAGGUGCUGGGCUACGCGUGCAGUGUGCUUGCUUCUUUUGCCAUCACUGUGGCAGCCGAGCCAAAGUCCCUGCUUGCUACAGUAGUCAUACCGUGGCUGGUGGUGGCUGGAGGGAUCUUGAAGCUUUUGUGUGGCUCCGUGGCCUUCUCCCGUGGCAAGACCUUGGAGAGCAGUGCCUUCACCCUCUACGGGUUCAUGUGGAUCAUCUGGGGCAUCGCUAGAUACGGAGGGCUUUAUAGCACUGCCCGGGGAUUCCAGGUUGCUGUGGGCAUCAUGUCUCUCCUGCUCUUCAACGCAUUCCUUGUCCUUUGCACCCUCUUCCUGAGCGUCUCCUGGUUUGUUUACUCCCUCACCUUUGAGCUCAUACUCAUUAGCUUCCUGCUAGAUGCUGUCGGUGUCAUCUCAGCCGGCUACGACAUUGUCGUCACCAUCAUCUUUGGCCUGGUUAGCUUCUACUGCUUCUUGUCUGCCCUGGUCAACAGCACCUUUGAAAGCCCCCAGCUGCCCACGGGACGCCCCAUUGUGAGGCUCAGCGGCUUCCGGGGAGGAAGCGCCAACUGCCUCCACCUGCCGGCCAGGAGAGCUGCUUCAGUCAAGCAAGUGGCAGAUAUAAUGAAGAUGGGAGGGGCCUGUGGGAUCCCCACAGACACGGUGUAUGUACUUGCUGCAGCCUGCAAUCGGCCUGAUGCUGUGGAGAAGGCUUACAACACAAAGCACCAGGCUCAAGACCGCCCCAUGUCCCUCUGGAUUUCAAGUCUGAAACAGCUGGAACCUGCCAAGCAUCUGUUCAGCCCCAUCCUCUGGGACUUCAUGGAUGCUGCGUGGCCAUCACCCAUCAGCUUGGUGGUUCCACGAGGGGAAUGGGUGGACUACCUGGGCAUGAAAGACUCUGCCAAGUACGUUGGCACAACUCAGAGCAUUGCCAUCCGCAUCCCAGAUUGCUCCGUUGCCACCCAUCUCAUUGACUUGGUGGGCCCCAUUACGGUCACAUCGGCCAAUCCUACAGGAGAAGCAGACACGACUCACCACAACCAGGUGUAUGCCAAGCUGGGAGACCAGGUGGAUGCAGUCCUGUGUGAUGGGCCUUCUCCAGAGAACAUUGCCUCAACCGUGGUGGACUGCACAAAGAUUGAGAGUGGGAACGUAGGAUUCUUCAGAGUUGGCAUUGUCCCCAAAUCUCAGGUCCUACAGAUACUGGAGCAAGUCCAGAGAAAAUACCUGCCAGGCCAACAACGCCAUGAUCAUGGAGAGCAAGACUGA